AUGGGGAAAGGAGGGAUGUCUCAUGGAGAAGGCUCAAAGGUGGAAGAAGAGAACAUGGCUGCUUGGUUGCUUGGUGUCAACACCCUCAAGAUCCAACCUUUUCCUCUUCCUUCCGUUGGUCCUCAUGAUGUGAGAGUUAGGAUGAAAGCUGUUGGUAUUUGUGGAAGUGAUGUUCAUUACCUCAAGGCCAUGAGAUGUGCGGAUUUCAUUGUGAAAGAACCGAUGGUGAUUGGACAUGAAUGUGCUGGGAUCAUUGAAGAAGUAGGUGGAGAAGUGAAGCACCUAGAGGUCGGUGACCGUGUGGCUCUAGAGCCUGGGAUUAGUUGCUGGAGAUGCAAUCUCUGCAAGGAAGGAAGAUACAAUCUCUGUCCAGAGAUGAAGUUCUUUGCAACCCCACCGGUCCAUGGCUCCUUAGCCAACCAAGUGGUUCACCCUGCGGAUCUAUGCUUCAAGUUGCCUGAGAAUGUGAGUUUGGAGGAAGGAGCAAUGUGUGAGCCACUAAGUGUUGGUGUGCAUGCUUGUCGCCGAGCUGAGGUUGGCCCUGAAACAAACGUGUUGGUGAUGGGAGCUGGACCUAUUGGACUAGUCACCAUGUUGGCUGCUCGAGCUUUCGGUGUGCCUAGAGUUGUUAUUGUGGAUGUUGAUGAGAACCGUUUAUCCGUAGCUAAACAGCUCGGGGCACACGGUGUUGUUAAAGUGACUACAAGCCUAGAGGAUGUUGGAUAUGAAGUUGAACAGAUUCAGAAAGCUAUGGGGUCAAACAUCGAUGUGACAUUCGAUUGUGCCGGUUUUGACAAAACCAUGUCGACUGCAUUAGCAGCUACACGAUGUGGUGGUAAAGUCUGCCUUGUUGGAAUGGGUCAUGGUGUAAUGACUGUCCCUCUCACUCCUGCAGCUGCAAGGGAGGUAGAUGUGGUGGGUGUGUUUAGGUACAAGAACACAUGGCCUUUGUGUCUUGAGUUCCUUACAAGUGGCAAGAUUGAUGUAAAGCCACUCAUAACCCACAGAUUCGGUUUCUCUCAGAAGGAAGUGGAAGAUGCUUUUGAAACCAGUGCUCGUGGGAGUAAUGCCAUCAAAGUCAUGUUCAAUCUGUGA